UCUUGCUCGCAUAUAGAUAUGGAUCUGGAUAAUAUCGCACAACAGGUGAUAAAGCGCCUUAAAGUUGAGAAGCCCAAGCAUCCAAUAUUCUCGGCAUCUCGCGAACAGUUCUCGAGGUGGAAAUACAAUAAUAUCUAUGAAAAUCAAUGGAACAACAGCGAGGGAAGACAGAUUAUAGAUAUUCUUUUCAAUAUACUCUUGCAUAAACCAACCUUUGACGCAGUUGUACAUUCUUUGAAAUCAGAUCUCUUUCGACAAUACCUAUUUAUGAUUAAGUUCGAGUAUAAAGACCGCAUUGUACCGCUGAUAGUCAUAUUUCAGAGCGUUGCAAGAAGACUUGGCAUAUAUUGUGAUCUUAUAUCUGAUCGUGUUGUUCCGGGCCUGGGCGUUACCUAUCCAAAUGAAUGGUUAUUAAGAUGGAACCCAAAAUGGUUAACCUAAUUAUAAUUUCAAUUACUCAUACCUUUUCUACAUUUCCAUUUUUGUCGUGUAUAUACUUUUUUAUUAUUUUAUUGCAGUAAUGUAACAAACUCGAAUGACGAAGAGUGUCUUUAUAUUUGUCUCGAUGAUGGUGGAGCCAUUCUGAAUAAAGAUAACUGGUCCACAAUUUAUAAUUCUGCUUUAGAAUGUCUCAUAAGUUUUGACAGAUAUCCCAGAAUAAAUUUGUUAACGGUAAUUUUUCAUGUAUAUGUCAUGUAUAUUAAUUCUACUAAAUAACAAUUCAUAAAAUUAACGAUAAGAUAAUUGGUCACAAGCAAGUUAGCAUAGAUAUGUUAAAGUACUGACACAUUAAAGAGUAAUUCGCUUCUAA